UAAUUUUGAAAAAUUAAUUUUUUUAAAUAUAAUAAUUAUACUACUAAAAAAAGUUAAAUCCCCUAAAAAAGAUCAUUAUUUUGGAACAGGGAGUAAUUAAACUAAUCAAGUCCUUCCGCACACAAGUUAACGCCUCCCUUAAUUCAACGGACCCAUGCUCUCAUGCCCGUAUCAUGGGUCGUCUUAGCUGACCGAAGCACCCGCACGCUUAUCUCAACCGUUUACUAAACCAGCCCUCUGUCUGAACUGGUCCUACACCGUCCGAUCAUUAUCUCCUCGUGAUCUACAUCUCUUGGCACUCUCAAUUAUUUGAUUGCAACAUGACACCCACUACCAUCACCGUCCAUUACCUCACUCUCACCAUAUUAUCCUACACCCCUCCACACCCCAUAACUUUGCCCCUGUAAACGCGUUCAUUUUUGUUUUCUAUUUUUGGAUAAACCGUUGAUAAACUGUCCGAUCAAUCAAGUUAACCAUGAGAGAGGAAGAGGACAUGGCGACAGAUUCAUACGAGGAAGCCAUUGCUGGACUUAAGAAGCUUCUCAGUGAGAAAGGUGAUCUAGAGCCAGUUGCGGCGGCGAAGAUCAAGCAAAUUACAGCGGAGCUGGAGGCGACUGCUGCGAAAUCAUUCAAUCCGGUAGAGAGAAUCAAAACCGGUUUCGCUCAUUUCAAGACAGAGAAAUUCGAGAAAAAUAGUGCGUUGUAUGGCGAACUUGCCAAAGGCCAGAGCCCCAAGUUUAUGGUAUUUGCCUGCUCGGACUCCCGUGUCUGCCCUUCGCAUAUCCUCGAUUUCCAACCAGGGGAGGCUUUUGUUGUCAGAAACAUUGCCAGCAUGGUCCCUCCAUAUGACCAGACAAAAUAUUCAGGAAUGGGGGCAGCAAUUGAAUAUGCAGUGUUGCAUCUGAAGGUAGAGACUAUUCUGGUCAUUGGACAUAGUCGUUGUGGAGGGAUAAAGGGCCUCAUGUCUAUCCCAGAUGAUGGGACCACUGCUACUGAUUUUAUAGAGAAUUGGGUCAAAAUCUGUUUGCCUGCUCGGGCCAAGGUGAAAGCGGAUUACAGCAGCUUGGAUUUCGCUGAACAGUGCACGAACUGUGAGAAGGAGGCUGUGAAUGUAUCACUGGGAAACCUAUUGACAUAUCCAUUUGUGAGGGAAGCUGUGACGAUGAAAACAAUAUCUAUAAAGGGAGGACACUAUGACUUUGUUAAGGGCUCUUUUGAGUUAUGGUGUCUUGACUAUGGCUAUACUCCUUGUUAAUCUGCAUUUGUGUGCAUCAGUAUCCAUGUGUUUUCAUGUUUAGUUUACGCUCUCUCCUCCACUUUAUUUUCUUAAAACUUUGUAUUGCUCUGAAGGCUGUACAUGUUUUUGCCAGCAACACAUUUUUGGCAGAAAAUAAAGCCAGCUGACAUAAUGUGUAAUUUGGGGUUUUAUUAUUAAAUUAUAAUUUCGAUCGGGUUACCUUGUGGUUUUGAAUCCGAGCCUAUUGCAAAGA